AUGGGCAAGGUUCAAAUUAAGCCCAAAGUGAAUCUGUCUUCAUAUGUCCACUUUUUACUAAACUGCAGGAACAAGCACAAGGAACAACAGCCAAAUGCUUACAUCAACUUCAAAGAAUUCUCCAAAAGGUGCUCAGAAAAGUGGAAGACAAUCUCUAAGCAUGAAAAGUCCAAGUAUGAAGCCAUAGCCAGAAUGGACAAAGCACGCUACCAGAAAGAAAUGAAAAAUUAUGUUCCCCCACCAGGAAUGAAGAAAAGGAAAAGAAAGAAGAAGGACCCCAAAGCUCCCAAGAGGCCACCCUCAUCUUUUCUUCUCUUCAGUCGGGAGCAUUAUACAAAGAUCAAAAAUGACAAUCCACAAUGGUCCGUGAUAGAAGUGGCAAAGCUCCUGGGGGAGAUGUGGUCCAAAAAGUCAGAGCAGGACAAGCAGCCUUAUGAAGAAAAGGCAGCUAGACUGAGGGCCAAGUACCACCAAGAACUCACCACCUAUCGGGUUAAUCAUGGUCAGGGAUGUUCAAGGAAGAAGGGACCAGAGACCUCUGGCCAGUAUCAGAACAGAAAGAAAUCCAAGUCAGACAAGAGUGAUGACUAUGAUGAAUCUGAUUCAGAAGGCGAGCUGGAUUAG